AUGGCUAAGUUCAUCACCCUCGAAUCUCGGGCUUUCCCCAAAGACUACUUUGUCCAAGCCAUUGUUCGGUUGCUGGAUACCAUCGAACACAAAGAUACCAACUACACCCACCACGAGCGCGUGGACCGCCUCCGUUAUACCUACGCCGCGACAGCAACGCACUUCGCCCAACCGCAUGUGUAUCAGGCGCUCAAGUUCAACCACAAGAAGCUUGAAGCCGGUAUACGGACGAUUGCCUUACUAGUGGUAGACUGCUGGGUCAGCUGCAGUAAAGAAACAAUGGCUGCACUUGCCAUAUAUUUCACUUACACGUUAAUUCUCGACGAUAGCGAGGAAGACCCGCAGCAAAUGACGGAAACCUUCUUCAAGGACUUGAUGGUCGGUCGCAAACAGAGGCACCCCUGGCUCAGACUUAUGAUUGAACACUUACCCAACCUGCUGAGCCACUACGGCCCAUACGGUUCACUAAACAUCUAUCGCAGCACAAUAGACUUCUUUGAGGGAUGCUGGAUCGAGCAGCACAAUUUUAAGGGUUACCCGGGGAAUGAAGAUUACCCCGAGUUCCUCCGUCGAAUGAACGGACUCGGCCACGUGGUUGGCUCAACCAUCUUCCCAGCCGAGAAAUUUGACGAGACCAAGUAUUUCCGCGAGAUCACCACGUCCGUGUGCCAGCUAGAGUGCUGGAUGGCCUGGACGAACGACCUGAUCUCCUUCUACAAGGAGUUCGAUGACCCACGCGACCAGACAUCUCUGAUCAACAACUACUGCCACGUUGGAGGGCUGACGUUACAAGAAGGCCUCGAAAAGUUGACGCAUAACACGCUCCGUGUCAGUAAGCAGAUCAAGAGCGUAUUCGCUGACAAGGACGAAGGUGUCGCGAACGCGAUGAGCAAAUUCAUGCACGGCUAUGUGACCUGGCAUCUCUGCGACAAACGGUAUCGUGUCAACGAGAUUCAUGAGGGCUUACGAGACGACGGUGGUGUGACUACCAAAUUCUGCCGCUACUAUGAGGAGGCCCAAAGGGUUGGAGGAAUUGACCCGGCUGAGUGGACGGGACCCACAUUCCUGGAGUUGAUAAAGGAGCAGCGAGGACAGGAGCGGUCUGAGCUGAAGAAUUUAUUGAGGAAGAACAAUAUUCGGGAACUGACUCUAGAUGUAACACAGAGCCUAGUGAUGGCCUUUAUGCUGUCCGUUCUGACCUGUAUCCCGUAUGUUGUCAGAUCAUAG